GUUUGUUUGCAGCUUUCAACUUUUGUUUGCAACAGCCUAAACGCCGGGGAAGUACUCCACGAGACGAUAAAACAAUCGUUAUCACAUGACCGAUAAUUUGUGGCCCGUCCAACUGAAAUAUCACCGCUCACUUAGAACCACACAGCACAUAAUCGAACGCCACAAUACCCCGCGAACAAUAAGGGUGCACGUGUGACUCCAGCCAAUCCUAGCACCCCACAGGGAGCCAAUGGCGUGACGCCGCCGUCGCGUUCCCAUUGGCCGCCCGCUAGCCCCUCCCUCGCCCAUUGGCGGCCACAAGUGGUAACAGGAGAAGGUUUCGAGUUUUCCAAAUUCAAGUGUGGAGGGUGCUAGUGCUCAAGUGGAGCCGAGUGGCCGACAAACACUCCUCUGGGACGUUUCAAUUACAAUUUGCAUUUUGGAACCGGUUAGAAGUUUGAGAAAGUUCGAAGUACACGGGGUUGAAAGUAAAAUAGUUUGUGGCAGUGUUGAAUUUUAACUAAAUUCAAGAACUUCGGACCUGUGAAGGCGACUGUGUUUUCCGUGGUUUGAGCGGGAAGUUUCAACGGUUGGAAUAGGUGAAAAGUGGUUGUGCUGAAUUUUAGGACGCUGUGGACUCUUUUUUAUGUGGUACUGAGUUUGAACGACCAUGAAGUGAUAGUGUUAGUGACAUUCCCAAGUGUUAGUGAUCAUGACGGACUCCACGAAGGCCCGUGCCCCCCGUGUUCCCCACACGCCGUUGCUGUGGUGCCCCACGUUGUUACCCCCUUGGUGUUCGUUUCUACCAGCCGCAUGGUGUAACCCUGCCGCAAUACGGUCUGCCUUCCCUGGGUUGCUGGACAUGAAAAUGGCUCCUCAAGCACGACCUUCUGGCUUCCACAUCUGCGACAUCCUCGACCUCAACGAUGGCAAAGUCACCCCUGGCCAAGAGCCACUUCCACCCCAGACCUCAGGGCCCGAGUUGACGACUCUCACACCCCACGGUCUGUUGUUCUCCAACCCCCAGCUCCCAGAGUCCAUCCCGCCCCACUGGCCCACGUCGCUGACGGAACUCAGGGGAUUAAGCGGACCUCAGCAACAAGCGUCCCCCGACAGCACCUCCGCCUCAGCCACGGAAGGCACGGACUCCGGCAGCACCUCGCUGGUCCAUGACCCCCAGGAGUUGGAGGACGAGGGUGACGAUGGCCACGAGAGCGAUCACUCCAGAGGUGACCACAGUCAGCCACCCGGCCAGGGGCACAAGAAGAGGAAGCGGCGAGUGCUCUUCAGCAAGGCACAAACAUACGAGCUGGAGAGGAGGUUUCGACAGCAACGCUACCUGUCGGCGCCGGAGAGAGAACACCUAGCCUCCAUCAUACAUCUCACACCUACACAAGUCAAGAUCUGGUUCCAGAACCACAGGUACAAGACCAAAAGAGCACAGCAAGAGAAGGGGAUGCACAUCGACCCUCACGGCGGCUCCUCCCUACCAUCCCCUAGGAGAGUGGCUGUCCCAGUUCUGGUGAGGGAUGGUAAACCUUGCACAUCCCAGGGGAAACCCAACGAUCCUCUGGUGUUACCUUCUUAUCAGCAUCCCCUCAUGCCGCAGCAACGGUGGUGGUAGGCGAGGCUUGGCCUGAACCGAGCGAGGUACAGGCUACAUAGGCAAAACCAGUGAAGGACAGGCUUCAUGGUAACAUCACUAGUGAAGGACAAGCUUCAUAGCAACAUGUACGUGAUGGGCUACAUAGGCAAAAAACACGAGGGGCUACAAGCAACAGUGUAAUAUUGUGUGCAGUACAGGUCCAGACAAUUAUCAGAUCUAGUUCCUGCUUUGAUGCAUUGACUUUGGAUAACAAGAGAUCAUUCUUAUUGGUAGCCUACGGAGAGGUGCCAAUUUUGCGUGUUUUGAGAUAC